GUCUGAAGAUUCGCUGUCGCAGCACACGCACGGAAAGGUUUUACUUUCUUCUUUGGCUGCGGGGAAAGUCCCCGGAGAAACAGGGUUAUACCUUCUUGUUCGCAAUGGAAAUCUCCCAGCUCUAAGAGCGCUGCGGGGAACGAGACUGGUCGGGAAGGUCGAUUUACUGGACUUGUUGCCAUCAGGCUCAGGACCAGUUCCGCUUGCCUACCCUGUUGCUUUCUCGACUCCGAGUGCUCUUCCAACUGCACGGCCAUGCGAAGAUACGAGCGUGGUCGUGUUUGAGUAUCUUGGAAGACGGUUGGCGCUUCGUUGCUCAUAGACAUAGUUAUGCGAUUGUCGACACUGCUUCUGGCAUGUCAUCAACUCAAUGGGGCUUACUCUCAUUCGAUGUGGUUUCCUGCCUUGUGGCGUUAUUUUUCGAGCUUCCGAACGUUCGCCGUUCGACCCAUCCGAUUUUGUGCGCAGGUUUUGAUUAUGAUGGCACACCAUGCGCCUUUCAUCGGACAGCGGAGUUGUGUAGACAACGUGUUGCAGGUCUGGCUCGUGUAUUUUUAUUGUCUAUGUAAAUUUAGAGUUUCAGUGAAGACGGUUGCACCUUCAGAAAAUUGUUCUUCAUGACCAAAUGGAGCAAAAGUUCUGCAGUUAAUACAAUGUUCUGCAGUAAGUACGUAGCGUCAUCCAGUGCAAACGCG